UUAAUUUGUGUAUUUACCGUAAAUUAAACCAAGGAUCAUAUUAAACACUUUGAAUCGUUUUGUUUUUUGUUUUCCUUCUCAUUCUGUUGCUAUUCAAGCUUUCCUUCUCUAUCUUUAAUCAUCAUCCUUUGUCAAAAUACUUAUAUUAUUGUGUCAUUUAUCAUCCUCCGCAUCAUCAUUAUCAUCAUCAUUAGAUAGUGUGUCAAUCAAUUCAAUAUCUACUAGGUGAUUUUGGACAAGAAUUGCUAUUGAUUGAUUUGUGUUUAAUUUUUUCUUGUAACUGUUUGCCUUUACAACAUACAUUAAUUGUUCUUCACUGUUCACUGUUUCUGUUGUCUCCAAAAUGAUGGUGGAAACAUUUUACACCGUUAUUAUCAUCAAAACACAUCAUUAACCUCAACUGUUUUCCAUUGUGAGAUUUACUCAUCUCUUCAUUAUCAAGGUUACAUUUGUUCAAAGGUAAAUUGUUCUAAUUGCUUGUCAAAAGGCAUUGUCACUCUUCAAAAAUGGUUAGUGGUGGAUCAGGUGUGUCUACAUCAUCAACAUCUAAUGCAACAUCUAAUUCAACAUCUGAAGCUUCAAGCGAGUAUCCAAAAGAACAGUUAGAGGCUGGCCGUGGGGUUAAGCGUUGCAAAAAUCCCUGUAAAAAUCAUUGCAAAAAUCCUUGUAAUGUCGUUAUCAUUGCGAAUCAUCAUUUUAAUAAUCAACAAACUUGUGUAAAUCGUAAUUACGGUGAUGAGGACUAUUGCCGGGCUAUACUUGCUUUUCUAUUUGCCUUUUUUGGAAUGGUCUCAAAUCUAGUUGUUCUAGCAGUAGUCCAUGAAAGGGUACCAAUGGACAUUACACAUCCUUUACCAGAUUUAGGAUUUGAUCUCCUGCCACGAAUAGACUGGACACUGGAUGUUGCUGAAUACAUAAUCAUUGUUGUUUCUUGUCUUGUUAUUUUUUUACUCUUCAUUCACAGAUAUAGAGUUGUAAUAUUGAAAAGAAUUUCACUGAUGAUGGGAAUCAUAUAUUUAAUUAGGGGUGUCUGUAUGAUAUCCACAGUGUUUCCACUGGCUAAUAGGCUUUAUCAUUGUGAACCUCAACUGCAUAAUGGAACCCAACCACUUGACAUCUCAUUUGGAGAAUAUGUGUCCAUAAUAGCAUCAAGAGUUGGAUAUAUGCUUUUAGGUUUUGGUUUGUCCAUUAAUGGACGACACAGUUAUUGUGGAGAUUACCUUUUUAGUGGACAUACAGUCAUUCUCACUUUAGGUUUUCUUGUUUUAAGAGAAUACCUUAUGCCAUCAAGAUGCCGAACAAUUGCUUGGAAACUCUUCCAUGUUUUGCUCUUCCUAUCCUGUUUUGGAGGUGUGAUAUGUGUGAUCAUUUCUCGAGGUCACUAUUUGAUUGAUAUCAUUUUGGCGUAUUACGUUACCACUAUGGUCUUUUGGAUUUAUCAUACAUUGGUUUAUAAUCACUCAUUAUUGACUUCAUCAUCAACUAAUUAUUUGUCUCGCAUUUGGUGGUUCCGUAUGCUUUUAUUCUUUGAAAAGGUUCAGAACUGUCGAAAUUUGAAUUGUGAUCACCCUCCCUGCCAAUCCUGUAAAUGUGAUUCACCUGUUCCUGUAAUACCAAGAUCUUUAGAAUGGCCUUUACCAUGGCCUCGCUUCCUUAGGAGAAGAAAAUUACCUGGUUCUCAGCAAAGACUUUUAACAACACAAGUUGCAUGAGUGAAGCUGCCAUGGUAAAGCGUAGUAAAUAAAAAUAUUGGAAGGAAAUAAACGAGAGCAAAAACCAAACAUAAAAAAGGAGAUGAAUUGAUGUUUCUAGUUGUAAAUGUAUUUUUUUAACCAAAGUGAAAUCUACGCUCAUUUCAUCAAAAUUCCAAGUAGGAGAAAAGAAAUUGCCCGAAGUAUUUGAGCUUUGUCCUUGUCCUCAAAUUUUGGUUGUUGGUCAAAGUUUAGUUCAGGUAGCCUAGGUUACUUUUCGGAUAAUUAUGGGACCAAAAACUAGUCCUUGAACACUACGCUAGAAGAAACCUGAAAAAUAACCUUGGCUACCUUUAACCUUAAAAAUUUUGACCAAUCAACAUUUGAGAACAGAGACAUGGCCUUAGGCAUUCUGUCAAUUUCCUUUUUCUCCUACUUAUUCUCAUCUUCUGUACUCUAAUACGAACUCAAUCCUCUUCAAAAAGACAACCUAAAUUCAAAUUAUUUCCUCAAGUUUCCUAAAUAAAUCAUUUCAUUUCUAUUUCUCCUUUG